CUGUCAUUAAUUUGCUUGUAGCAUUUACAAUGUAGUGUGUCUCAGAUAUGGAUUGUUUGAUCACAUCUAUUCUUUUUCUGGUGAUAUACCAAGGUGUUACCGGAUGGCUCCAGGUACACUCCACUGUCCAGCUCACAAAGGAUGUAACACUGAAGUGUUUGUACCCUUACACAGACAAUAUAAGCAUGGUGUCCUGGGCAAAGAAAAUCAGUACUGGUAAAGACAAUGUGGCCGUAUAUAGCAAGCAGCAUGGUACAAAGAUUUCUGACAAUUAUGAAGGAAGAGCGGAAUUUCGCAAUGCCACAGCAGAAGCGACCAUUAUUAUUAGGAAUGUGGUAGCACAAGAUGAGGGUCUUUAUCAGUGUUCUGUCCAUGCAUUCCCAUCGGGGACAUGGAACAAAUAUUUCGAAAUCAGAAGAGCAGAUGUAUUCAGAAGUAAUGAAUUGGCAGAUAAAGUCGAGGAAGUAGAAUACAACAGUAAUGCCACCCUGUCUUGUCAGUAUUCGUUGACAGACAAUGUCCAUCAUGUAACAUGGGAAAAGUUUGGAAAGCUGACAGUAGACCUGAUAGCCAUCUGUAACUUCUCAGGAGGGAAAAUAUAUGGAGCUGAUUAUGAACACCGGUCUCAGAUAGACUGCACUAACAGGGCCCGAAGUGUACUGCUGAUUACGUUUAUUAAAACUGCUGAUGAAGGAUUUUACCGAUGUCACUUCAGAGGAAGCAUGGGAAACCAAAGCACUGUGAUUAAAAUGAAGGUAUCAGAAGAAGAUGGAAACUUGACCACUGAACAUAUGCAAAAAAACAUGGAAAUAGAAAAAGGAACAAGAGCAAUCUUAAAGACUGAAGGAACAUCUGAAAAUUGGAGAACCUUCCUCACUAUUUAUGGAGGAGCAGCAGCAGGGGGGCUCUUUCUAUUGCUGUUUGCUGUAAUUGUCAUUGUCUAUAUCAGAAGAAAAAGACAAAAACAAUCAAACAACAAGGGGAAAUCAGGAGCAUUGCACUCAAAUGAGACACAGCACAUGAACAGUUAUGGAGGAACAAGAUAUUAUAAAGGCGCCAUUACUAGCACAUCACCCAGUCAAAUACAUGAGGAAGAAGACAUUUACAUUAACGUGCCAGCGACUUUUAGACAACAAAAGUGACACUAAUCCUUUCUUCAUUUUCAAAAUGUACCUUAACGAACCAAUUGCAGAUAUCGACACACUGGACUGAACAAGAGACCUACUGGUGGGACAGUAUGCAUCCCGGAGUAAUAUUUUAGUAUGCAAAAUUUCUGCUUGAUAACAUCCACAGGGAGACACUGCAUGGACUGUGAAGUAAUCUGGUCUAAACUGAAAAGAAUUCAGAUAAUCAGUGAAAAUUCUGGUAAUGCUGAAACAACGGUAGAGACAUAAGAACAUAUUCAUUCAUUAAAUGUUAAUGAAGUUUAUCAGCCUGAUGGUAGGGCUGACUGGAAGCCAUACUUUUUAUAAUGCAGAGCAUUUCUAAGCUUGUUCAUUUCUAGGUGAAUGGAUGGCCUUUUAUAUUUUCUUCAUUUUUAUUGUCAGUCAGGCAUAGUUUUGAUUAAAGUAAUAACACUUAGUACAUAUUUACUAUAUGAACAAUACUCCAUGUAUGUCUGCAUGAGAAUUUGAAAACAGAGCUAUGAUGCAAAGUACAUUUGCUAAUGCUAUUCACUUUAUCAUUCUGAGCACAUCUUUAGAUUCAUGACAUUUCCUGUUUAAGAAUACAUUUUUUGUGAAUCAUUUUGUUGUUAAAGGUUAUGGCUGAACAGAGAAAAUGUAGAAAAUCAAAUUACUUACAAAGGAUCUGUAGUGAUGAGAAUAUUAACGCACCACUGAUUCAUGUAUCUUUGGGCUAGCACUAGAAAAUGUAUCACAUUUUCUGCUAGAGAACAAGUUAAAUUAGAAAGAAAACUUAGACAUGCCAUUUUUUUAUUGUUUGUAAGUCAGAGGUAAACAGCAAAAUGGGACAAUAUAAUAAUUCACAUGCUUAUGAAACUGGUGUUAUUGCAAGAAUUGUACCAAAUUGAAUAGCAAAGGCAAAUUAAACAUUCCUGAAAUAGCUUAGAA